AUGCUAAUGAAUCAAAAAUCUACCCAUACUGGUUCCACUGAUAAAACUAUUCUUCGUCGAUAUUUAGAAUUACCACAACCAGAAAAUAAGGUUUUGGCUACUUAUAUAUGGAUUGAUGGUACUGGAGAAAAUCUUCGAGCUAAAACUCGAACAGUCGAUCAAGAGCCAACUUCACCUUUGGAAUUAACUUGGUGGAAUUUUGAUGGUUCAUCAACGGGUCAAGCCGAAGGUUCAAAUUCAGAUACUUAUCUUAAGCCUGUAGCUAUUUAUAAUGAUCCAUUUAUGGUCGGUCGAAAUAAACUUGUCAUGUGUGAAACAUAUAAAUAUAACAAAGAACCAACUAGUUCAAAUAAGCGAUUUCAAUGUGAACAAGCUAUGAAAGCAGCUGCUGGUCAUCGUCCGUGGUUUGGACUCGAACAAGAAUAUACACUUUUAGAUCGUGAUGGUUGGCCAUUUGGAUGGCCUAAAGGUGGAUUUCCGCAUCCGCAAGGUCCGUAUUAUUGUGGUGUUGGCGCAUCAAAAGCUCUAGGUCGAGAUAUAGAAGAAGCUCAUUAUAAAGCGUGUCUCUAUGCUGGAGUGAAUAUUAGUGGAACAAAUGCUGAAGUCAUGCCAGCCCAAUGGGAAUAUCAAGUUGGUCCAUGCGAAGGCAUUGAUGCUGCCGAUCAAUUGUGGCUAUCGAGAUAUUUACUAUUACGUAUAGCAGAAGAAUUCAAUGUUCAAGUUAGUUUUGAUCCGAAACCAAUUCCAGGUGAUUGGAACGGCGCUGGAUGUCAUACUAAUUUCUCAACACAGGCAAUGCGUGAACCGAAUGGCAUUGAAGUUAUCAAAGAAGCAAUUACUUUACUUGAAGUACGUCAUAAAACACAUAUCGAACGAUAUGGCAGAGAUAAUGCAAGACGGUUAACUGGUCGCCAUGAAACAGCUGAUAUCAAUCACUUUAGUACUGGUAUUGCAAGUCGUGGUUCAUCAGUACGAAUUCCUCGACAAGUUGGCGAUGAAAAAUGUGGUUAUUUAGAAGAUCGUCGGCCAGCUUCGAAUUGUGAUCCAUACGCCGUGACAGACAUCAUAGUUCGUACUGUGUGUCUGGGCGAGAAAGAUCCUGAAUCAUAA